GCGGGAGGCCGAAUUGGGGGUUCUGCCGGGGGGAUUCUCGAGCAGCGACAAGCUCGGGAGGAAUAAAUAGGAUGGCCGAAGUGGAGAUCUCACCCAGGGCUUAUGUCAAGAUGUGCCUUCACGCUGCUCGCUACCCCCAUGCGGCAGUGAACGGGCUGCUGUUGGCUCAGAGGUGCCAAGCAGCCAGCGGGCAACCGGAAUGCCUUUGCAUCACCGACUGUGUUCCUCUUUUCCACUGUAACCUGUCACUCACUGUCAUGCUGGAAGUGGCCCUGAAUCAGGUGGACAUUUGGAGUUCAGAGUCAGACUUGCUCCUUGCAGGCUAUUACCAGGCCAACUCUGGGAUUGACGACAAGAGCCCUUCCCCUCUUGCACAAAAGAUCGCUGGGCGCAUCGCUGAGCUGUACGACAGUGCCGUCCUCAUCAUGUUAGAUAACUGCAAGUUCACAAGAAAUCCCCGGGUCCCCCCAAUCGUCGUGUUGGAGCAGAAGGAUCGGCAGUGGGUCCCCAAAGACAAAAACCUGGUCAUGUGGAGCGACUGGGAAUCCUCCCGCCACAUCUGCAAGUCCCUCCUAGAAACCAAGGCUUAUGCCCAGUUGGUGGAUUUUGAUGCUCACCUGGACGACAUCAGAGAAGACUGGACCAACCAGCAACUGAACACGGAAAUUGCCCAGUUGGUGUCCAUGGCCAACGGCAGCGCCUGAAGGAUGAGGAGUGGCCAUAAAGAGCGGUCCUCCAGACACUCCAGAGAAGAAAAAGGAUAGAGCAUCAUCGUGGACGGUCUCAAGCAGCUUGCACUUAGCACAGUCUUUACAGUCGCUCAAAGAAAGGCCGGAUUUAUAGAUGGGUGGUGGGUUUUCCUGUUUCGUAUCGUACCGUUUGGGUUGGUCCUUUUCUUCUCCCAGGAAAAGACCUGUCCAAAAUAUUCACGAUGCACAAAAAUGGAAUGGACCCACCAAACCCAUUUUAUAAUGACACAAGCUGGGUUGUGUUUUUUUAAAGUACCUAAGGAGUGCUUCCAGAGACAAGACUGCUAGACUGUUUUGUGAUAUAAAUCUUGCAGUCCCAGAUCCGAGUCCAAAGUUUCCGCUGCAUUUCUUUAGUCUCUGAAUGAAUUAAAAUGCAAAACUCUCGGCA